AUGUUUGACCAAGACAUUCUAAAAGACAUUGACUUCAGUAAAGGAGAAUGUAGACUACAUAAACGUGGUUUGUCUAUCGAUAAUCCUGGUGACAAUUUGUUGUUAAGACCACUAUGCAGUGAUGAUUAUGAAAAAGGUAAAUGUUGUUUUUGUCAUGACUCUAAGGUCCUGUUCACACAAUGCAAAAUUUGGUUUGUUUUGCAAAAAAAUCUGUCAACAGGAAGCCAUUUCUAGUGCGAAUGAUUUUUCCAACUACCAAAAUUUUCUCGACUGCCACCAAACUUCAAAGAUGCCGUUGAGAACAUUUGGAGGCGUACAAUUUUUUGCCAGGCAACAAAAUCCUUUGAUUCUUGACAGCUAUCCUUUGUCGGGUCAUCUUAUUUCGCAAACAUGACCAGAGGGGAAAAAGUUGUAAAAACAAAAAAUUGGUGAUAACAAAAUUUCCAAAUUUUUUGCUAGCAUGAGUGUGAACAGGGCCUAAAUCAGAAUUUACUCACUUAUCAAUGUUAUGCCCUUUGCCCUAUUAUACCUCACCUGCACCCGUAUGGCUUGGUGUAUUAGUAAUGUAGAAAUGAUGAUGAUGAUACCUUUAUUAAAGUGUCAAAACUGUAAUAGCGGUGUAUAACCACUAAGUGGGGACACUAAAAUAAAUUUAAAAAGAAUAAAUCAAUUAACAAAUUAAUUAAAAUUAAGAAAAACUAUGUAAUCUUGUCAAUCAUAAUACUGUCCAUAGAUGUCCUUCUGCAACCAAGUGCCAUUGUCUGGUACUUGUCCAAAUUGCCCUUUAGUAAAUUAGCUCUGUACCAUGAAGAUGCUGACUCAGCACAAACAUCAAUAUCAUCAUGCACAUCAGAGAGGGUGCUGCGAACGACAUAAAACUGUUGGUCAUCUGCAUACAUAUUCAUGUUCGCAUCAACAGUAUAAGUCAAAUCGUUUUGGAAGAUGUUCCAGAUGAGAGGUCCAAAUGCAUAACCCUGUGGGCAUCCCCUGGUCACCCUCUGCCACUCGCUCACUACAGAUCCUAGCUUGACCCUGUUAUAAUGGUAUGUGAAGUAGGAGCCCAUCAAUCGCAGACUUCUUUCCUCAACACCAUAAGCUUUAAGUUUUGCAAGUGUAAGUGGAUGGUAAAGUGAAUCGAAGGCUUUGCUCAUGUCCGUGGAGAGAACACCCACAACGUUAUGCUCAUCCAGAGCGAAUUUCCAAUUCUCAGUCAAAGAUAAGAGAGCUGUCUCACAGCUAUUGUUUUUCCUGUAAGCAGUUAGUUUGUCGCACAGUUUGUUAUUAAAACCAUAACUGAGUUGCUUGCUGAGUAAUUGUUCAAAGAGUUUGUUUACAGUAACUUGUACAGUUAUGGGUAACUACCCUUCACAUGUAUAUCGAUUGAAGGGCAAUGACUUUCUGUCACACAACGGUGAUGAUUAUAUUGUCUAUGUUGUUUGUAAUUUAGAAAGCCAAUUUUAAGUUCAUUUUUUUUAUUGACAUUUUGAUUAAGUGCAUCUGAACAAUCAAUGAAGGAACACUACCGGCUGAUUGGAAACAUGCUAUCAUCACACCAGUUCACAAAGCUGGUUUGAAAUUGGAUCCAUCGAACUUCCGGCCGAUCUCAGUACUUACAGUUUUCUCCAAAAUACUUGAACGGGCUGUCCACUGUAUGGUCUACAGCUAUUUACAGGAACACAGGCUUCUUUCUCCUCUCCAACCCGGCUUUCGCCACUUCCCUCUACAUGCACAUGCCUCACACACCUGACAAACACUCUGCUGGAAAACAUUGACAAAGGACUAAUAACUGGCCUUAUAUUUUUAGACCUAAGCAAGGCCUUUGACACCUUAGAUCAUAGUAUCAUGUUAGAUAAGUUAAGUUCACUAGGAAUGAAUCGCUCUACUGUCCAAUGGUUUAGGUCCUAUUUAACCAUCAUGCUCACCCAAAGUGUUUGCACUAAUGGGGUCUUGUCUGAGCCCCAGCCUAUAUCUUUCGGGGUCCCCCAGAGUAGCAUACGUGGCCCUUUAUUAUUUAUCAUCUACAUAAAUGACUUACUUAUGGCAGUUCAAGGUUGUAGCGUCAAGCUUUAUGCUCAUCUAUUUUGCAAGCAAGUCAGUCAGUGAAAUUCAAGCUCAGUUAACUAGUGACCUAACUAAUAUCCUAAGCUGGCUUCACACUAAUUUUCUAAUACUUAAUCUUGAAAAAAUGAAGAUUAUGCUUGUUGGUACCUAUCAGAGGACCAAUUUUCAAGAGAGACCACAGUCUGAACUUGGCACAUGGAAUCUCAAGCUUUGCCUCGGGAUAUUAUUCGUGUAGUGCUAAUUUAUCUGAGAUCAUAUUAUGGCAAAAUUGAUUCCUUGUCGUUGAGAAAAGUGCUGUAUUUGUUUCAAAAGGUUGUACACAAGGUUGAGCGUUUUUUGGACAUAGUGGAAAUUUGUUGUGAAUGACUCACGUUUUAAUUUUCUCCCCAGGUUUUCCAGCAAUUCAAAAUAACCUCACUAAAGUUGGAGAUGUUACAAAGGAACUCUUUCUGAGUAAGAAAUAAACUUCUUAGAUGGACCCUUGUACUGCUGCUCAUUUUUUCUCCUCAGGAAAGUUAAUUUUUAAAAGUUUUGUUAGUUAGGUAAAUACUUUGUUUAGCUUUUAGUGUCAACCAAUUACAGUCAUUACUAGUAUCUAGAGUGGAUAAUUGUCAUCUUAACUGUUAAAAACCCAAAGUUUUGCCUUUUCUUAAGGUGGCUCGACUGGAUUAUUUUGGGGGGAUAUCUUCCAAGUUUGAGUAUUUACUACGUCGCCAUGAGUAAAGAUAUGGAAAAAAGUUUUCACAACUGUAUUAUAUAAAGAUGAAAAUUUCUUAUGAUUUGGGUUUUAUUGCAAUUGGAGUCGUCAUGGCAACGUAACGACGCCAUUAUGUUUUUUAUUUAUCUUUGAGUUUCUCUGUACCAGGAGUUUUUUUAAGAAAUCGCUUAAGGGAGUUUGUACCUGCCAUAAUUGCCUCAAUUAUGGCAGAGUUUGAACAAAUUCUAUGAGAGCAUUUUCGAAAUAUUUUGAAACGAAGUUUUAAGCAUCAUAAAAACAGUGAAAUAGCAUUGUAUCCACACAAUUGGCUAAUUUUUUAAGAAAAUGAUAAGCUUUGGAAACGCGGCUUCAUCUCAUAGUGGUUUGAUUCCAUUGAAAACUGUGUACAAAAAAAGAGCGGAAUUGUUCUGGGCGAUAGCGAGUAACAAGAAUUUUAUUAACUUGCAUUUAGCUGCUUUUGUUACAGUUUUUGCACGUAAGUUGGUCCACGCCUACAAAUUUCGCACUUUUCAAAAAACCGCUCGAUAAUUUUUUUUAUAAAUUUGACAAUCCCGAGAUCAAUCGUCAAUAAAUAUACCCUGCAAGAUUCAAGAACAUUGAAAACAGGGAAGGCUUAUAAAUAGGGCCUCAAAUGUGACCAAUUUUUCCCCCAGAUUUUGUGUUUACAAGUGAGGGUCCUUAUUAUUCACUGGCAUUGUUUUCAAGUUUCACUCUCGAUUACUUUCAGAAGAAAAAUAUCCGGAAUAUGCUAAUAAUUGGCUUGUGUCACAGACAGCAGUGAGAGGCAAGACGGUGAACGUCACGGCUCAUCUUGUAGGAUGUAACACUGAAUUAUCUUACUCGGGUUAUAACAUCACAGAAACUCUUACAAAGAGUUGCUUUGAUGUUAGAAUAUAUCACUAAUUUCUUUAUCCGGUUAUUAGCAUAUUCCGGAGAUUUAACCGAGGGUCCUUUUUGAUGCAAAUUCUAUAAAUCGUGCAUAUGAAAAUAAUUGAAAACGAUGCCAGUGAAUAAUGUAGACGCAAUCACUUGUAAACACAAAAUCAGGGGAAAAAAUUGGUUAUAUUUGAGCUCUUAUUUAAAAGCCUUCCCUGUUUUCAAUGUUCUUUGUGAGGGUAUAUUUAUUGACAAUUGACGGACUGAAUUUUAUGGACCAAAUUACAAAUUGUGACAAAAGCAGCUGAAUGGUUAAUAAAACAUCACAAAGAAACGCAGUUUUCUGGAAUACAAAUGAAGUUGCUUUUGAUGUUAGAAUAUGAUGCUUAAAACGUUUCAAAAAUUUUUCAUAGAAUUUUUAUCAAUAAUUGAGGUUACAAACUCCCUUAGAUCUCUUAAAAAAUACAGAGAAACUCAAAGAUAAAUAAAAAACGUAAUGGGUCGUACGUUUUUUGAAUAAAACCCAGAUCAUAACAAAUUUUAGGAGUAUCAACUCUUAUGUUUAGUUUAAUAAUGAAAGGAAUAAUCUAAGGUGGCUAGCAAAAUUAAAUCAAGGUUUUCAGUACCUUAGGUUACACACAAAACUUGACACACAGCAAAUACAGGUGCUGUAUUCAGUUUUUUACUGCAGAGGUCUUAUAUAUUUCCCCAUUGGAUUUCUUUAGAGCGUUUCCAUGCUAUGAAGUCUUGUCCUGGUACGUAUUAUAUCAUUGUGGUGGAGGAUACAGAGCUGGCAAAAAUUGUGGCGUGUGGAACACUUUUCAUAGAGCAGAAGUUCAUUCAUGAAAUUGCUAUAGUAUGUAUCUUUAUACUUAGGUGAAGUCAAUACUAUUAUUGUGGUACUCUACAGUUGAACUUCCAUUUAAGCAGCCACCCUCUGGGUGCUGGUAGGUGGGCAGUCAACUUAGAGAUCAGUCAGAAAUUAGCAUAAUCAUUAGCAGAAGCAAAGAAAAUGUGCAUUAUCAUUCAAUAACUAUUAUAGAGAAAUUGAAGUUGGCAGUCUGGCCAAGUGGUUAAUGUGUAGUGGACUGGAAUUUCAGUUCAAAUCCUGCUCUCACUCCGUGCUGGAUUUGUUCUUGGAUGUCCCAAGUUCAGUUAUUCUGCGACACACUUGCCAAUAGGUACCAUGUAUAAAAAUUCUUUUUUUUGUAUGCAGAAAUGGCUUUCUAUAAAUGCUCAACAAUAUCUUCAAGUUUUAUAGUAUGCAUUAAGAGUAUUUCAAGUACAGGAAGCAAUUUAUAUGAUAGCCCACAGUCCAUCCCUGAAUAGCGGGUAUACAACAACAAAUUCCAGCAAGCUGGACCAGGCUGAUCAAGUCACAAGUCACAUAACGUUUCAAUCCACUGUGAACAACAAAGCCAAUACCUCAUACAUUUUAAUGUUCUCUCUGCCACUGUAGAGAAAAAUUAUUAAUGCAAUCAUAGGUAAUUGAGUGGAAUGGUUAUGAAACCCGUCAGACUCCUUUGUUAUAUGUUUUUGUGGACCUGAAAGUGCACAACGUUCAAAAGAAUUCCUAUCAUUUUGAUUGUAUUGACCAAUAAGAACAUUGCAUUAAUUUAUUCCGUAACAAUUUGCCAACAGAAAACAAAGGAUUGUCCACUUUCACGGUGCUUUGAACAUAAACUGCAGCACUAUUGUAUUUAUCAUUGAUGUUUGCCGCUUUUCAUAACCAGUCUCCUCUAAUAACUAUGAUGCAAUCUUUGAAGUUUAGGUGUUUUUUUGUUGUUGAUGUUGUGCCCUGAUUAUUUAGAAAGUGUGGUAUGCUGAAGCCUUUACUGUGUGUUAUUCUCAAAAUAUCUAAAUUGUUAUUAUUAACAGCGAGGGAGAGUUGAAGACAUUGUCGUUGAUGACAGCUGUAGAGGGAGAGGACUUGGAAAACUGUAAGUACAGUCAAACCUCUGCUUAUAGACACUUUCCAUGAGUUGUCAUUUCUAACCUUGAAAAGCUGCUGCCAAUGUUUUCUAUGAUUCCAAGGGUGUCUGUUUUCAAGAGGUUCUUCUUGUUAAACUACUAACCGCCACCUGGUUAGCUCAAUUCGUUAAGCACUGGUCUGCUGAGGAGUAGCCUGUUCCAGGCUCUGAGGUAGUUGGGUCUGCAGGUCGAGAAAACACGAACAUGAAAAUAAAAUGGGAGGAAACUGGGGAGAGGAAGGGCGGCAGAGCCUGCAAUCAUUUCUUUAAACGGCUUGUUCUGGUAUACCAGCUCCUGGUAUAGUUGGUCAGAUUUGACUGGUUAUAUGCAGCAUGCACGCGCAUGAAAUAGAGGAAUCCACAAUACCUUCACUAUAUGUUCACACAUAGGGGCGUUGAGGAAGGAACAGAAGACCUACCUUGUGAACUUGUCAUGUAGAGAAUAUGUUUUUGCAAUCCUGCUGACUGGCUCCAGCAAAAGUUUGAUAUUUCAGGUGUAUCCAUGUUUGGAAAGACUCACAUUAUCUUUAAAAAAACAAGCUGUAGUUUAAAAGUCAUUGCAUAAAAUAAUAAUAAUAAUAAUAAUAAUAAUAAUAAAGUCUUAGUUUAUUCAUCAAAAGAUAAAAAAACAGAUCUUUUGUUACAAGUAAGCGUAAGAAAUUUCAAAAAGGUAAAAAGUAAGAAUUAAAACAAAUGUAGUCAAUAUUACAUAGCUAAUUCUUAUUUAAAGAGCAAUCAUGACUAAGCCACAAUGCAAAUUCUCCAUAAAAAAUGUUAGUUGACUUGACAGCCGAAAUCUAAUUAUCUCAAACGUGCCGAAAGUGAGCAAAAGAGGGUCAUGAAAGAAAUUAUUACAGGCUCUAUUUCCCUACCUUUUUCCUUUUUCCUGCCCUGCCCCCCUUUUCAUGUACCUUUCACUGGUUGGACCAAUAUUCAUGAUGUUGUUGUUGAUGAUGAUGAUGAUGAUGAUGAAGGUGAUGAUGUGGAAGUAAAUGCAUCCACAUCAUAAAGUACAUUCUCUAAUUUAACGAAAAAUACCAACACAAAAAUUCUCUAUGUUGUCUUCCAGGGUUGUUGAGACCUUGCUGUUACUCAGUGAGAAGUUAGGAUGUUACAAGACCAGUCUUGAGUGUAAAGAUCCUCUGCUUCCUUUUUACAGUCAGUUUGGAUUCAAAAAGGAGAAUCAGCAAAACUAUCUUUGUAAACGGUUUUUUCAUUGA